AGAGAGAGAGAGAGAGAGCGCGAGAGAGAGAGAGCGAGCUCCGGCCCCGAACCGCUGCUGCUAAUGGGAGCUCGGUAGCUAACGUAGCUAACUCGACGACGGCGGCGGUGAUGAAGAUGAUGAUGAUGGUGGCGGUGAUGAAGAUGAAGAUGGCGGUGAUGAUGAUGAUGAUGCAUCAGUGGAGUUAUCCCGGUGUCUCUGCCUGAGAUGGAGCCAGCGACGCUCGAGUGGAGUUGCUUGCUAGCUAGCUAGCGAGCUAACGGUGCCCGCCGGGGGUUCACCGUGCCCGAGCAACAAGAAAGAAAGAAGAAGAAGAAAAAGAAAAAGAAAGAAAGAAGAAGAAGAAAACAACAACAAAAACAACCCGUUAGCUAAAUGGGUGCAGCUUUAUCGUGUUGUUGUAACGGUUGUGAGACAUUUUCCCUCCGCGGUCCACAGGUCUGAUGGGUUGGACCAUGUCCACGAGCAAAAAGAAAACCGCUAACGUAACCGUUUAGGGGGUUAGCUGCACGUGACACAGUUUUAUAUCUCGCUCCAGCAAUUAGCUUACACCUCCGGUCGUCCUCGGAUGCUUCAGAGACAUUAAGUGGACGGUGUCUAUCAGGAUGGCACAGCUCUUGGACGGGGCCGGCAAACUGGGCUGGGUUCUGCUCAAGGCUGUGCUUCGUUUUGUGUUUAUGUUCCUCAACAACUGUGUAGCCAUCCCAUCCUACUGCUUAUACCUGCUGCUCCUGCAGCCGCUGAGAAUAUGGGACAGCUCCACGUUUUGGCACAUUGAAGGAGUCAUGUUCAAAUGGUUGCUGGCCAUGGUGUCUUCAUGGGGCUGGAUCGCAGGUUAUACAGUAACAGAGUGGGGUGAUGACGUAGGGCCCAUCUCCGAAGAAGAAGCCAUGGUCAUCGUCAACCACCAAUCCACAGGAGAUGUGUGCACCCUCAUGAUGUGCCUGCAAGACAAGGGCACGGUGGUACGAAAAAUGAUGUGGUUGAUGGACCAUGUGUUCAAAUACACCAACUUUGGCCUAGUGUCCCUGAUCCAUGGGGACUUCUUCAUCAGACAGGGUAAAGCUUACAGAGACAAGCAGCUGAUCUACCUGAAAGAUCACCUAGACAAAUACUACCACAGUCGCGACAGGAAAUGGAUAGUGCUGUUCCCUGAGGGCGGCUUCCUGCGCAAGCGACGGGAAACCAGCCAGUUGUUUGCUAAGAAGAACUCUCUCCCCCACCUGACCCACGUCACGUUGCCUCGUCUUGGGGCCACCCAAGUUAUCCUGAAAACCCUGUUGGCCCAACAGGAGAAUGGCAGCGUGGGCAGCGAGACUGGUACCCCUAACCAGACGGGUACUAAACGUAAAGGCCUGCAGUGGGUAAUAGAUGUGACCAUAGCUUACCCCAAAGCAAAACCCAUGGACAUCCAGACGUGGAUCUUUGGUUACAGGCCUCCCACAGUCACACAUGUACACUACAGGAUGUACCCAAUAAAAGAGGUUCCUGUGGAGACCGAGCCCCUGACUGACUGGCUGUAUCAGAGGUUUGUGGAGAAAGAAGAGUUGCUGGCCCACUUCUACGACACAGGAACAUUCCCCCUUGAAGAAGGACAGAAGGAGGCAGUUUCACGGCCGAUGACCCUCGACCCCGUGUGGCUGUGUAUUAUCCAGUUGUUUGCUUUCGCCUCCGGCUUCGUGUGGUACAGCGUCCUCCAGUACCUCUACUGCUGUUUAUUUUGAGUGCGCUGAUGAGGCGAGAGUCUUUAUCGGACCACUGGAAAAGCCUCAGGAUCGGUUGGUGUGUGGCCUAGCGUCAUACAUGCCCCCCCACCCCCCCUCCCCCCCCACCCCCCUACGAUGGAUGAAUGUACAUUUUCAACAGAGGAGAGACUUUAACAGGAAACAAAACAAAAAAAAAACCAUAGGAAGACACAGACACAGAUUACAAUUACCCGAACAAGAUGAAACUGGUCAGAGGCAUAAGUUAUCUUGCACACAACCCUAACACCACACACUCGCUCCAACGGCCUAGCAGAAUAAUCUCUCGCACUCGUCACGACUCACAUUUUGAUGUUUACACGUCCUCAUACACGUAGACGCUCACACGUACAUAACUUUUUAUUCAAAGUUAACAAAAUGAGGCUCAGGACUCCUCCAGAAGAUGCUCUGGACCGGACUCUCUCUCUGUCUCUCUCUCUCUCUCUCUCUCUCUCCCUCUCUCUCUCUCUCCCUCCCUGUCCCCCUCUCUCUCUCCCUCCCUGUCCCUCUCUCUCUCUCUCUCUCCCUCUCUCUCUUCCCCUCCUAGGCUUUAGCCACAGUAGUUUUACAGAGUAUAAAGUGUGUAUGGACGCGCGUGAGUGAGUGAAAACAACGUGACUAGAAGCAUAAUGGCUGCCCUUAUUCUUCUUCCUGGCGAGAGUUGAUGAAGCCCACUGGACCUCUCUUUCAGGCCGCUGACUAGCCGGCUGGCCACACCUUCCAGAGCGAGCGGCUGUGUGAACGUUGAGGCUGCGCAGCCGGCCGCUCCUCUGGCCUUCAUUGCACUAAAGAUCCAUACUGCCCUAACUGCUCCCUGUCCCAGGAAAUAUUCCUGAGUGGUAGCUGUCAAUGUUUUGAUUUCUUUUUGUUUCCUUCCCGUAACCUGCAUAUCUCCAGAACAACGGCCAUUGUAUUUGUUGUUGAUGUCUUUUUUUUUUUUUUUUUUUUUUUUUUUGACUUUUUAUUCCCCCCCUGUCUCUGACUGUCUGUCGAGGCAGUAUUCUGAGCUCACUAAGAAAGGGGGGGGAUAUCAUGUUUACACUGGCGGCCCUGCUGAAAGCCUAAAGGAAUGGUGGCUAUGAUGCGGCGCUUGAUUUGAUUUUAAGGAUCGUUUUCUGUGUCAGACGUCGGAGGCAAGAGGAAGAGGAAGACGGUGCUUUUCAGUGCUAAUUUAAAAAAAGAAAAGAAAUAUAACCGUGGUGGCACGCAGGGCAGGAAUUUGCAGUCUGAUCAGCUGAAAAGUUAUUCCCUCUUUGUGGAUUCCCCUUUUCACCCUCUGCGCUACAACACACACACACACAAACACACACACAAACACACGUGCACACAGAGCCAUGUGCAGCUACGCACAGCAGAGUAGACGUCUGUCUCAAAGGAUUAUCUCAGUGAGCCAGACUGAGGAGGCAGAGACUCUUAUUCCCCCAUUGGACUACAUAGUUUUACAAAUAUUUAAGCCAUAUGCUUAGUGUCGUUGGGGUGGGGAAAAGACAUGAGGGGGGGUAAAAAAGAUUUUUAUAGAAAGCUACCCUAAUGUUCAGCAUUCUAAAAUAGAGAUUUUGGCUUACAGAACUAUAGGUGUCAUUACUGUAAAUUUACAGCAUAACCUGCCUAAGUGAGUGUGUGUGGUUGUCUUUUCCCCCCAUUUUUGAUAUAUAUGAUUCAUGUCGUGAUGCUCUGUGACGUCAGAGUGUGGCGGCGGCGGCGGCUUCACCACAAGUGGUCAAAUUUGAUUUCAUUUUAAAAUUACAUGAACUGUCGUCCUCAUGUCAUGGUAUGUUUAAAUCUUGUACAUAACAAAGCUGAGGAAGAGUUUUCAUUGUUGGAAAUGACUGCAGCGUUUCUCUUUUUUGUUUUUCUUUUUUUUUUUGGUCCGUGAUAAUUUCAGAGAAUUUUAGUUUAAAAUAUCAUGAAUGUUUUUUAAAAAAAAUGUUAAAAAAAAAUGGAGACAAAAGCAAAGGAUUUUUCCCUCACUUCUCAGUGUUACCCUUUUUUAUUUAUUUUAUUUUUUAUUUUUCUUGAGUUCGCUGACCAGGAAGGUUUGUGGCUUCAAGACGUUAGAGCUACUGUACGUCCGUGUGCUGGCUGACACACACACAACGUUUGCACAGCGACACACGGGCCCAGUUUCAAACUUGUACCAUUGUACAUUUUAAAUAAUCAGGAUUUAGUGGAACACCUCGGACUAUCAAGCCUUACCUGAUAUCCAGGUAGACCACGAUCCCAAAUAAUGCUGUUUCCUCGCACUCCCUCUUGACAAACACUCGGGGUGUUGGUUUCACGGAAGGUUUUCUUGGCGUCGAGCUCAAACUCGGCCGAUUAGGAAGGGAUCACUCUUCACUCACGAGGGAAACUCUGGCAGGGCCCUGCACCAAUGCAGCUGUUCUCUCUCGAAUGUACUUGUGUUGUGGUUUUGAGGUCAAUUAUAUGUAAUUUGCUUAGCCUGCUUUAAUUAGGGAAAUUAUAGAGGAGCAGCAAUUAUCAUUGUCAUAAACUAAUGCAUAAAAAGUGCAUUAUAGUAGUUUACUGCCCUCCCUUUGUGCCACUGUUGGUAGAAACUGUUUGUGAAAUGCAAAAUUAAAAAAGGGCUACCUGACUGGGUAGGUAAAAACAUUUUGAAUCCGGCUGCACGGCGGCCCUUUCAGAUUCCCCUCCGUUGUGAGAGUGACUGGAAUUAAAGCUUCAUUUGUUUUUUUUUUUUUUUUUCACCUUUUCACUUUUUUUUUUUCUUUUUUUUUUUUAUUUUCUGACCAUGUUUCCAAAGAAGGCAGGGAAAUAAUGUUUUCCUAGAUGUGGUUUUAGGAAAUAAACACAAUAGGGAUUUAAACAAAUUAUACUAGAACUGUCUGUAAUUUUCCAUUUUGUACUUCUCCUUUAAUUCCUAGCUACACAGCCAUUUUACAACACAAAAGACUUGUGCUGGAAUAAAACAUCAUAAAGAUCCUAA